AUGGAUAAUAAUAAUAAUAAUAAUAAUAAUAAUAAUAAUAAUAAUAAUAAUAAUAAUAAUAAUAAUAAUAAUAAUAAUAAUAAUAAUAAUAAUAAUAAUAAUAAUAACAGUAAUGUAAUAAUUUGUACAAAUAAAAAUUGUAAUAAUGAUAAAUUAUUUUUUAAAUUUUUUAGGAAUAAAUACAUAAAAACCAUAAUAAUAUCACAUUUAAGAAUAUAUGCCAAUUUAUAUAAAUAUACAAGAUAUAAAACAUUUAACAAUUUAAAUGAAGAUAUAUUAAAUGAAAUCAAAUUUAGAAGUUAUAUAACAUUUUUAAGAAUUGAUAAUGGUAAUAGUUAUAUAAAAUCACCAUUAUUAUUAAAUAACAAUAAUAAUAAUAAUAAUAAUAAUGAUAAUAAUAUUGGUGGUGGUUGUAGUAGUAGUUUUGAACAGGAAAAUAGUAAUAAUAAUUUCAAUAAGUUAGCACCAUUCUUAGAGACAUUAAUAUUUGGAAAUUGUUUUAAUGAAGAGAUUCCAUUAAAUUAUUUACCAAAAUCUUUAACAAGUUUAAUAUUUGGUAAUUCAUUUAACCAUUUUCUAUCAAAAGAAUUAUUAGAACCAUUAGUAAAUUUAAAAAGUUUAACCAUUGGAUCUAGCUAUAAACAUAAAAUCGAUUAUAUACCACCUUCUGUGAAAUUCUUAAAAAUAACUUCAAAUCAUAAAGAAAUAAAACCACCUCAAAAACCUUUAAAAUCGCCUAAACCUCAUCCAAUAAUACAUAUUAGUGAUGGUGAAUAUGAAGAAGAAGAUGAUAGUGGUGUCUCUAUUGAUAGUAACAGUGAUAGUGAUAGUGAUAGUGAUAGUGAUAGUGAUAGUGAUAGUGAUAGUGAUAGUGAUAGUGACAGUGAUAGUGAUUCAAGUGAUGAUAUAGAAGAAUUAAAUGAAACUGAUGAAGAAUAUGAAGAUGAAGAUGAAGAAGAUUAUAAUGAAGGUUAUGAUGAUUUAGAAUUAGAACAUGAAUUAAAUGAUUCAGAAGAUGACAAUAAUAUUAGAAAUAAUUAUAGUAACAAAAUUAAUAUAAUAGAAGUAGAUAUAUUACCCAAAUCAUUAAUUUCAUUAAGUUUAUCAAAUUUUAAACUUGCAAAAGGUUGCAUACCAGAAUCAGUUAAAAUUUUAAAUUUUGUAGAAGGAUUUGAUCAAAUGAUCGAAGAAGGUGUUUUACCAUUGAAUGGAAAUUUAAAAGAAUUAAAUUUAGGAUCAACAUUCAACAAACCACUUCAAGUCAACUCCUUACCAUUAGGCUUAGAGAAAUUAAUAAUUGGUGAUUCAUUUCAUCAUGAAAUCUCUAAUAAUAUUUUACCAAAUUCUUUAAAAACAUUAGUAGUUGGUAGAAGACAAAAUAGCAAUAGUGAUAAUAAAAAUUUAGAUUUCCUUGACAAUUUAAAUAAAUUAGAGAAAUUAAUAGUUUUUAAUCCUUUUGUAACUUAUAAAAUACCAUCAUCCAUAUCGAUUUUAUGUUAUAAUAGUAAUAAUAAACUAAUAAUUAAUGAUAAUAAUAAUAAUAAUAAUAAUAAUAAUAAUAAUAAUAAUAAUAAUAAUAAUAAUAAUAAUAAUAUAUCAAAUAUUAAAGAACUAUAUUUACUUGAUGAUUUUAAUUUAAAAUUAUCAAAUUUAUUAAUACCAUCAAGUGUUACAUCAAUUACAUUUGGUAAAUCAUUCGAUCAAAUCAUAGAGAUUGGUGAAAUACCAAUAUCAGUUACAAAUAUUCAAUUUGGAUCAAUUUAUAAUAAACCAUUAAAGAAUGGAUCAUUACCAAAUUCAUUAAAGAAAAUUACAUUUGGACUUUACUGGAAUCAACAAUUAAAACCAAAUGAUAUACCAAAUUCAUGUGAAGAGAUUAUAUUUGGUGAUUUCUAUGAUAAGCCAUUAACCAAUGAUCUAUUACCAACAAAUUUAAAAUCAAUUACAUUUGGUAAAUACUUUAAUAAAUCAAUACCUUUAAAUUUAUUUUCAAAUACUCUUCAAUUAUCACAUAUAUCAUUCUCUGAUCAUUUUAAUAAAAAAAUUCAACCAAAUACAUUACCAAAUACAAUUUUAAAUUUAAAAUUUGGUAAACUUUAUAAUCAUAGUUUUAAUAACAAUACAAAUAAUAAUAAUAAUAAUAAUAAUAAUAAUAAUAAUAAUAAUAAUAAUAAUAAUAAUAAUAAUAAUAAUAAUAAUAAUAAUGAUAAUAAUAAUAAUAAUGAUAAUACUAUUGAAUAUUCAAUACCAUUAAAUUUAAAAAGAAUUAAAUUUGGUAAACAUUUUGAAAAAUAUUCAACAUUUAAAAUACCAAAAUCAUUACUUUGCAUUAAAUUUAAUUUUGGUUCAAAUUAUGUUGAUAAAGAAGAUUCACUUUUAAAUUUAAUUAAAUCAACUUAUAAUUCAAAUUCAAUUUAUAAAUUAUGUUUUCAAAAUUUACCAAAAGGAAUUAAUUUAUCAAAUUUUCUCGAAUUUUUACCAAGUUCUAUUAGGGUUUUAAAGAUUUCAAAUGGUUCAAUUGGUGAUAUUAAUAAUGGUAAAUUACCAUACUUUAUAACUGAUUUAAUUUUACCACAAUCAUAUUCAAUCUCUCAACUAGAUUUAAAUAUUAUAAAAACUGUACGUUUGAAUUGGAGUGUUUCUUUAUUUACUUAUUUCCAAUUUAUUGAUAAUAAAUAG